AUGUUACGCCAGGAGUCCUGUGCGAACCAGCAGCAGGGGAAAGACAAUAAAUCAACUAAAUUUGAGUGCUUAUGGAGCGAGCCACCAGCUUCCUUCAAGUCCCUCGGAAGGCAGCGCCUGAACAACGUUCAAUGUUCAGACCGGUGCAAGCUUUGGCCACCAACCCUUUCCGUUGUUCCUGGAUUUUAUGGAGGAGGUCAAGUUCUCCUAGCAGAGACCAGCCUCGGUGCUAAGCGUCUCCAAGAGCGCAGCUACCCUGGCCUCCUUGCAAGGUGCAGGAAUGCUGGGACUGGACAGUUCCUGCCAGUGGAUUCCACCAUAGUGGCUCUGGUGCGAGCCCCACCCCAGUGGACGGCCUGUCCAAGGACCCUGCAUGCCCUCAUGCACAAUGCAGACUCACUUGUUCGCACAACACCAACUGCAACACUGCACCUCAGACUCCUGGGUGCUCGCCACCGAAGGAGCAGUGGCCCACACAGUGAUUGUGACACAGCAUCUGUCGAGGCUGGGUCUCACCCUCAACGGUGCAAAAAGCCAACUAAUUAUGGUGGAAAGUAUGGUCUACUUGGGUCUCUGGCUGGAUUCCCUCAUGAUGCGAGCCUACCAGUCGGACAACAGAGUAGCUGCCAUCCGCAACUGCCUGGCCCAGUUUCAACAAGGGUCCACAGUAAAAUUGGUGUUGUGCCAAAAAUUACCUGGUCUGAUGGCCACAGCUUCAACAGCCACCUAACUGGGGUUACUCCACAUGCUCCCGCUCCAGGUAUGGCUCAAUCCCUUUUGGCUACACCCCAAGUGCAACAGACACCGUUGGCUGACCAUGUCUCGUCUAUGCUGGGAAGCCCUACGCUGGUGGAGGAAACCCUUUCACCUAAGCGAAGGCAUAAGAAUGGGAGUGAAUGUAAUCGUCAAGUGAUAAAGACAGAUGUGUCCAACUUGGCGAUUGGGGGGCAGUCUGGAGGCACUUCCUAUCCCUCUGGGCUGUCCAUCUCCCGGGAGUGGUGCACUGGGCAGCAACUGCACCUUCAGGUGGUGCAGCGCAUUUGGGAACGCUUUGGGGAAGCCCAAGUCAAAGCAAUUCCACCAGAGUGUGAGCUGCAUACUAUUCUCAUACGGGAAGAGGAGCACUGCAAUGAACUUUUGUCCCAGGAGAAGCAGAACUUAUCUGAAGUACAUUAUUUUAUUUUUUUCAUAGAAUGCCAAGGAAUGUGGGAUAACCUGAGCUGCUGGCCUUCCUCUGCCAUUGGAAAGACUGUUGCAGUGGCGUGCCCCAAGUUCCUCUUUGUGCUCACUGGAAAAGAAGGUUUUGUUUAUAGAAACUGCACCGCUGAUGGCUGGUCUAAUUCAUUUCCCCGACAUGACGUCGCCUGUGGAUUUGAUACUAACGACACAAUUGAAGAUGACAAAAACGCAUACUACAUGAAUGUGAAGACCAUGUACACUGUGGGGUAUGGCACAUCUCUUGUGUCUCUGAGCAUCGCAAUAGUGAUUCUUUGUUCCUUCAGGAAACUUCACUGUACAAGGAAUUACAUCCAUAUCCAGCUGUUUUUGUCUUUCAUUCUUCGGGCUGUUUCAGUCUUCGUCAAAGAUACAGUGCUGUUUUCUACUGAAUACAUUUAUCAUUGCAAUGCAUACUCGGCGGGGUGUAAAUUUGUCAUGAUUUUCUUUCAAUACUGCAUCAUGGCCAACUACAGCUGGCUGUUGGUAGAAGGACUUUAUUUACACACACUACUGAUUGUAUCUUUCUUCUCAGAGAAGAAAUAUUUUUGGUGUUACAUAGCUCUUGGCUGGGGUUCCCCCUUGGUGUUUAUUACAGCCUGGUCAAUUGCAAGACAUUUACACGAAGACAUAGGAUGCUGGGAUACCAACAGUAAUGGUGGGAUCUGGUGGAUAAUUAGAGGUCCUGUAAUUAUAUCAAUUUUUAUCAAUGUUCUAUUCUUUGUCAGUAUCAUACGAAUACUGGUUAGCAAGUUGAAGACUCCAGAUGCACGAGGAAAGGAAUUCAACCAUUACAAGAGGCUUGCAAAAUCUACCCUUUUGUUAAUUCCACUCUUCGGAGUGCACUAUAUCUUGUUUGCAUUUUUCCCUGAAGAUGUGACCACUUUAACCGUGGAAAUCCGGAUAUUUUUUGAACUUGCGCUGGGAUCGUUUCAGGGAUUUGUGGUUGCAGUUCUUUACUGCUUUCUAAAUAGCGAGGCGCAAUGCGAAAUUAAGCGAAAGUGGAGACGAUGGAAGCUGAAGAAACGUUUUAAUGGAGAGUCGAGACACAGUCACAUCUCCACCAGCACUGUGGGCAACGGGUCCACCAAAGUGUCACUGCUCACUCGAGAACAGAGACAACUCAGUCUGUGUGCUUCCACUGGGGUAUGAAAUUACACAGGCUACACAAGGAAAGAACUCCGCUGCAGCAGUAUCCACGGAUUCUGAAGAGCCAUGACUUUGAAUGUGAUGAGUCACGAUCACUGUGGGAGAAAGUGAGCA